AUGGCGCGGGGCGGAGGGCGGCUGGAGGCCGCCGCAGCCGCCCGGGGCCGCCGCCCGCGGGGCCGGGGACCGCUCGGCCUCCUGUGCCUGGCUCUGCUCUGCGGGCUGGGCGCCGCCGACGCGGAGUUCUCCAUCCUAGACGAGGCGCAAGUUCUGGCCACUCAGAUGAGGAAACUCGCCACCGAGGAGCUGGGGGUCGUCACCAUGCAGAGAAUCUUCAACUCCUUUGUGUACACAGAGAAAAUAUCGAAUGGAGAAAGCGAAGUUCAACAGCUAGCAAAAAAAAUCCGUGAGAAGUUUAACCGUUACUUGGAUGUUGUGAAUCGUAACAAGCAAGUGGUGGAAGCAUCCUACACUGCUCACCUCACGUCGCCCUUGACUGCCAUCCAAGACUGCUGUACCAUUCCACCAUCUAUGAUGGAAUUUGAUGGGAAUUUUAACACCAACGUUUCUCGAACUAUUAGCUGUGAUAGACUGUCUACCACUGUCAACAGCAGAGCCUUCAAUCCUGGACGUGACUUAAAUUCUGUUCUUGCUGAUAACCUGAAGUCUAACCCAGGAAUUAAGUGGCAGUAUUUCAGCUCAGAAGAAGGCAUUUUCACCGUGUUCCCAGCCCACAAGUUCCGGUGCAAAGGCAGCUAUGAACACCGCAGCAGGCCCGUUUACGUCUCUACCGUUCGACCUCAGUCCAAGCAUAUCGUUGUCAUUGUGGACCACGGGGCUUCAGUCACAGAGACACAGCUUCAGAUUGCCAAAGAUGCUGCUCAGGUUAUUCUGAGCUCUAUAGAUGAACACGAUAAGAUCUCUGUGUUAACCGUGGCAGACACAGUAAGAACCUGCUCUCUGGAUCAGUGCUAUAAGACAUUUCUGUCCCCUGCCACCAGCGAGACAAAAAGGAAGAUGUCCACCUUCGUUAGCAGCAUCAAGGCGUCUGACAGCUCUACGCAGCAUGCCGUGGGGUUUCAAAAGGCUUUCCAGCUGAUACGGAACACAAACAAUGGCACCAAACUCCAAGGAAAUACCGAUAUGGUCAUCAUUUAUCUCUCUGCUGGGAUUACAUCAAAAGAUUCCUCAGAAGAUGAUAAGAAAGCUACUUUAUGUGUCAUCAAUGAAGAAAAUAGCUUCCUCAAUAACUCAGUAAUGAUUCUUACUUAUGCACUUAUGAAUGAGGGAGUGACAGGUUUGAAGGAACUGGCCUUUCUACGAGACCUGGCAGAGCAGAACUCGGUGAAGUACGGGGUGCCAGACCGAGCAGCCCUCCCUGUGAUCAAGGGCAGCAUGAUGGUCCUGAACCAGCUGAGUAAUCUGGAAACCACCGUUGGCCGAUUCUAUACAAACCUCCCCAACCGAAUGAUCGAUGAGGCAGUCUUCAGCCUGCCUUUCUCAGAUGAAAUGGGAGAUGGCCUGAUAAUGACUGUAAGCAAACCAUGUUACUUUGGAAACCUGCUGCUGGGGAUUGUUGGAGUAGAUGUUAACCUUGCAUACAUCUUGGAAGAUGUCACCUAUUACCAAGACUCCUUGGGCUCCUACACUUUCCUCAUUGAUAAUAAAGGAUACACUCUUAUGCAUCCAUCCCUCACCAGGCCCUACCUGCUGUCUGAACCACCACUCCACACAGAUAUUAUCCAUUAUGAGAACAUUCCUAAGUUUGAGCUGGUGCGCCAGAACAUCCUCAGCAUUCCCCUGGGCAGCCAGAUCAUUACGGUUCCCGUGAACUCUUCCCUGUCUUGGCAUGUAAACAAACUGAGAGAAGUUGGAAAGGAAGCCUACAAUGUCAGCUAUGCCUGGAAAAUGGUCCAGGACACAUCCUUUAUUCUGUGUGUCGUGGUAAUACAGCCAGAAAUACCUGUUAAGCAGCUGAAGAAUCUCAACACUCUCCCCAGUAGCAAGCUGCUGUAUCAUCGACUGGAUCUGCUGGGCCAGCCCAACGCCUGCCUGCACUUCAAGCAGCUGGCUACCUUAGAAAGCCCUACAGUGAUGCUGUCUGCAGGCAGCUUCUCCUCUCCAUACGAACACCUGAGCCAGCCCGAGACGAAGCGGAUGGUGGAGCACUACACAGCGUACCUCAGCGACAACACGCGCCUCAUCGCCAACCCGGGCCUCAAGUUCUCUGUCAGAAAUGAAGUAAUGGCUACCAGUCACGUCACAGAUGAAUGGAUGACACAAAUGGAAAUGAGUAGCCUGAACAGUUCCAUUGUGCGCCGUUACAUAGCAACCCCCAAUGGGGUGCUCCGAAUUUACCCCGGUUCCCUCAUGGACAAAGCAUUUGAUCCCACCAGGAGACAAUGGUACUUGCAUGCAGUGGCUAAUCCAGGACUGAUCACCUUUACUGGCCCCUACUUAGACGUUGGAGGGGCUGGCUAUGUCGUUACCAUCAGUCACACGGUCCAUUCUUCCAGUGCACAGAUGUCUUCAGGACAUUCAGUGGCAGUAAUGGGCAUUGACUUCACCCUGAGAUACUUCUACAAGGUUCUCAUGGACCUGCUGCCAGUCUGCAACCAAGACGGAGGAAACAAAAUCCGGUGCUUCAUCAUGGAGGACAGAGGGUACCUCGUGGCACACCCGACCCUCAUCGAUCCCAAAGGCCACGCGCCGGUGGAGCAGCAGCACAUUACCCACAAGGAGCCUCUGGUGGCAAAUGACAUUCUGAACCAUCCGAACUUCGUCAAGAAAAACCUCUGCAACAGCUUCAGUGACAGAACAGUUCAGAGGUUUUAUAAAUUCAACACCAGCUUAGUGGGUGAUCUGACAAACCUUGUGCACGGCAGCCACUGCUCCAAGUACAGGCUGACGAGGAUCCCGGGCACCAACGCCUUCGUGGGAAUCGUCAACGAGACCUGUGACUCCCUUGCUUUCUGUGCCUGCAGCAUGGUAGACAGGCUCUGCCUCAACUGCCACAGAAUGGAACAGAACGAGUGUGAGUGCCCUUGUGAGUGUCCUCUGGAGGUAAAUGAAUGUACUGGCAACCUGACCAACGCUGAGAGCAGGAAUCCGAGCUGUGAGGUUCAUCAGGAGCCGAUGACGUUCACGGCCAUCGACCCAAACCUGCAGGACGCUCUCCCACAGUGCAUCAACACCCAGUGCAACCAGAGGACUGAGAGCGGGGAUUGCUUUGGCGUGUUGGACUGCGAGUGGUGUAUGGUGGACAGCGAUGGGAAGACCCACCUGGAUAAGUCUUACUGUGCCCCUCAGAAGGAAUGCUUUGGUGGCAUUGUGGGAGCCAAGAGCCCAUAUGUGGAUGACUUGGGAGCAAUAGGAGACGAGGUGAUUACUCUGAACAUGAUCAAAAGCGCGCCGGUGGGGCCGGUGGCUGGGGGCAUCAUGGGCUGCAUCAUGGUGCUUGUGCUGGCCGUCUACGCCUAUCGCCACCAGAUCCACCGCAGGAGCCACCAGCACAUGUCACCUUUGGCUGCCCAGGAAAUGUCGGUGAGGAUGUCGAACCUGGAGAACGAUCGAGACGAGAGGGACGAUGACAGCCAUGAAGACAGGGGGAUCAUCAGCAACACGCGGUUCAUAGCGGCGGUGAUCGAGCGGCACGCGCACAGCCCCGAGCGCCGGCGCCGCUACUGGGGCCGCUCGGGGACCGAGAGCGACCACGGCUACAGCACUAUGAGCCCCCAGGAAGACAGUGAAAACCCUCCCUGCAACAACGACCCGCUGUCGGCCGGCGUCGACGUUGGGAACCACGACGAAGAUUUGGACCUGGACACGCCGCCGCAGACGGCUGCUCUGCUGAGCCACAAGUUCCACCACUACCGCCUGCACCACCCCACCCUGCACCACAGCCACCACUUACAGGCUGCAGUCACAGUGCACACUGUGGAUGCUGAAUGCUAACAGGCAACGAGGAGAAGAAGCAGAACUUGGGAAGGACCAUCCACGCAGCACAGGGCAGCUUGGUGUCCGGGCUCUUCCCCAGCAACGAUCCGACUGACUGCCCGAGGAAACUGUUAGGCAGAAAGGCUUUACGGUCUCAUAAAUGGGAGGUUGGCUCUGAAGUGGAAAUGUGCUUGAUGAAUGGACCUGCCAUAACAUUUAAUAAAACGGAGCAGGAGGCACAUUAGAUCUCCAGCAACAAGUUUAUACAGCAGCCGAAGCUUUGGAAGGGCUGUUAGGCUGAGCCAAGAGGAGAGAGUGAGCUGAAAAAAGCCAGAGAUGAUUUGGUUUCCUUAACUGGAAGAGCAAAAUCUCUGCAGCUGAAGACUAAAAAAGUGCCAGAUCGAGGCGAGGAGGAGGGGGGAAGGCUCUUGGUUCCUCUGCAGUUUGUUUUGCACGUAGGAAAUUCGCUGCUGCUCCGCCAGUUGCUGCCUGGAACCUGGGACAAUGCAUCUCCAGAUUUUUAAGUAAAGGAUUAUUUUUCUACUAUUUAUUGAACUCGAAACUUUGGGGGGAGGGAGGGGAGAAAACAUGUUAGCAAUGCUCAACAACUACCACAUAUAUCCUGUGAUGGUGAAGUGGUUCUUCCGAGGAAGACAUCUGUUUCUGAUUAGCUGAUAUUCAUCCACUGCCCCGCUCUGCAAAAAGGGAAAAUGAAGAAGUCGUUUCCAACGUGUUUACAUUACGAAUGCUUUCUUUCCCACCAUUGUUUGCUGUAAAUAUUCCAACCUGAUUUAUAUGACAGUAUUUUCUUCCUAUUUGCAGAGGAGGAAUCCUGUACCCUCGUAGUAAAAUUCUGAGAAUUCUGCCCAUGAACCUCUGCGAUCGUCCUUAAAGGUUUCCCGUGUGGAAGUAAUAAAGAAUGUAUUUAGCAUUAGUUACCAGAUCAUUCCAAAGCAAAUCUGUGCCAUCCUUUUGUUUCCUUAGGAUACCAUCGGGACCUGAAGCGUAGGGAUAAACCAGUGUUUUGUAAAACUUGGGUUACUGUGGAAGAUAAUCUUUCUGAAGUCAUAACUAAGCUGCUGCUGCUGUCGGUCUGGAAUGUGCCAUUGCUUGGUAACUCGAUUAAAGAGUCAUCAACCUCUCUCCCAACACAGGGCAUCGUAACCAUGAAUUAGUUUUAAGUCACAGUGGCGUCUUUUAGGUUCGGGUUUUGUGAUUCCAAUGAUAGAAGAACAUUCUUGGCACUGUGCAUAAGGUAAACACCCAUUUAUAUGUAGGGUUUUUUACCAAGGAAAUCACUUUGUUUUGAUGAAUAUGGUACUUAAUACUGAACUAUGUAAGGAAUUGGUUCUUAAACAGUACAGUCAAAUAACUAUAUGUGUGAUAUCAGGCUACCCCUUUAUACUGUGUAUAAAAUGAAAUUCUCUUGUGAAAU